AAUAUAAAAUGGAAAAGCAGACCUCUGAACGGCGAGUCGUUGGAUGAGCGCCUCCUUCCUCAGGGCAUCCCGCUCCCACUCGACGAGGUGGUCCUGGGACUCCCUGAGUCGGUCCUGGGCGUCCUGCAGCUCCCGCUGGAGCCGCUGCAGCUCCACCCGGCAGGCGCUCAGGAGGCUGUGGGCGUCUUGGAGGUUCGCCCGGGUGCGGUGGAGCUCUGUGUCUCCGCGGAACUCGUUUCUUCCAGUUCCUCUUCGAGGCUGAAGUCGGACUGGAAGGAGCCGUUCGUCGUCGCCGUGGGGCGGAUCCGCGCGGUUCGCGAAGACGUCGGCGAGGGACGAGGCGGCUUCGACCAGAUCCUCUGGGAGUCCGGGGAGGGCUUGUCCGGGCGACCCGUCUCGGGGCGACCAGUCUCGGGGCGACCCAUCUCCGUCAGCUCGCGCAUGAGAUUGUCCAACGGGUGGAUCUUGGGCUUUUCUUGCUUCUCUGCCCCGUUCCGAUCGCCCGAACUGCUCCGGAAUCGCCCGCUGACGAACUUUGCCAUCCUCAUCUCCGGUUCUUCUCACGCACGCAUCCUCGCAUCACGACCGACUGCGCGGGAACCUCCCCGAGCGAGCACCCCGAGCGGACUGAUCCCAGUGGGCGAGCCCUCGAAACUGAGAUCCGGCAGCCCUUUCACACCGCUCAGUGGAAAAAUGGCGUUGCCCGGUGACAUCGCUGCACUCUCCGAUGGAGAUUUGCGACAACGACUGAUAGAUUUAGGCGAGAACAUCGGCCCUAUCACCGAUUCGACUCGAAAGGUCUAUCUGAAUAAGUUGGCUAAGUUGGCCGGGGAGCAGAAAAGGACUCGCCGGAGGUCUGCCACGCCGAAAGCGUUGUUCAGCUCUGAUGACAGCGAGCCGGAACACGAUCCGGGGGGAAGGCGAAGGAGUUCCCGGAUGCCGAGGAAAUCGGAACCGAUUCCGUCGGUGCAUCGUGGGCAUGAUUUGAGUCGUUCGGCAGAAGUCGACACGGAAGACAGUGCGACGGAAGCCACAGACUUAGAGAUUCCUUACCGAAGGAGGAGUCAACGGCCGGGUUGGAAUGCCUCUGAUGAAACGUUCAAGAAACCGACUGGUCCUGCGAAACGUCGUUCUCAGCCUCAGCUUCCACGAUCUCCACUCUUGUCUCCUGGCACAGACCAUGCGUCCGCUGGAAAUGCCUAUCAGGAGCCGGUGUGGAGACCACAGCGAGCGUUUUGGAGUCAGAGGAAUAAUCCUCCCGAUUCCAUCACUGGAGCUAAUGCCUCCAGACCUACAGGCCCAGGACAAGGGUGGUGCGGACUGGGUUCGUCGGAUGAGCCCGAGUUCUCGGACUCCGACGUGGACACCAACUUGACCAGAGAAGGAUCCCAAAUGGGGAAUUCAUUUAUUAGCACUAGCACUCCUUUUGAUGGAACCAUUAGGUCCAUGCGGCAUCGCCUUUCAUCAGCUCUUGGAUCCUUUUCGUCUUCGAGGGGAGAAACUUCGGACAGGGAACCAACUGCCAGUCCAAAACUGGGCACAUCAUAUCUUGAUUCCAUUGAUGCUACCUAUUCAACUGGUACUGCUUCCACAUUCACAUCAGACAAAUUCAACACUGCCAAGCGCAAUGUAUUCUCAGGAAUGAGCUCACAAAGUUCUGGAUUGGAAUCGACAAUGUCCUCCGGUCUGAGAUCAUCUCUGAUGACCCCGAAUGGGUUUGAGAGAGAUAAGAAUUUGAUGGAAGGUGAGGCAAGGUCGGUGUUCCUUGCCCGAUCCAAGCCCAAAGCAAAAUCCUCUGUUUGGAGGUGGCUUUCCCAGAAUAUGUCCAUGAUGAUUCUUGGGUGUGUUGCCAUCUUCUUCCUCUCUCUUGGUGCAUUUUAUUUUUACAAGUCCAUGCCCUUUGGCACUUCAAUGCAGGAAGCUGCGAAGACCCGUUUUCCACUUUGCACGAACAAGACUGUGGUGUUUGGUGAAGAUGGAGAGAAAGUGGAUGAUGUAAAGUUAGCUAAGAGUGUCGAGGCUCAAGAACCUCGCAAGUUCUAUGGCUGUAUGUUCACCAGGACUAUCAGAACUAUAGUAUGGAAUGUAGUGGUUCUGCUGAUUGCUUUGGGUGUUCUUUGGGGUGGCUACAUGGUGUGGCGUUGGGAUGUACGCUCACGGGCAGCCCACAAGGAAGAAGUGAUGGUCUAUGUACAGAACAUUUUGGAGGCACUGAUGACCAGACACAUAGAAAAUCCAGAGCAGCCUUAUUUGGUUGUCCAUCACCUUCGAGACAUGCUGGUUCCUCCAGCGAAAAGAUAUGAAAAGGCCCCUGUCUGGGAAGCAGCUGUGCGAUUCAUUGAGGAUAAUGAGUCUCGAGUUCGCAAAGAAAUUCAAAUGGUAGCAGGAGAGGAAUGUGAAGUGUGGCGGUGGAUGGGUCCAGUUACUCCAGGGUCAGGUUCAGUAGGCUCACCUAAGUCUCCUCCUGGCCACAAUCCCAUGGGGAAAGUCUGGCAGGGACAGGCCUUUGCUUCCAACCCCAUCCACAACCCACCGACGCCUUGCCUCAAGAUACGCAACAUGUUUGACAUUGAUGUUGAAUGCGGACAAGAUUGGCCUGUGCGUAUCCAAGAUGCCAUUCUUGAGAAGUGUGAGGGUGUCGAGAUUGUGCACUUGGCUGUAGACCGAAAUUCAACUGAAGGCAUUGUAUAUGCCAAAUGUUCUUCCCCAAUAGAAGCAGGGAAAGCAUACAAAGCCCUGCAUGGAUGGUGGUUUGAUGGUCAGUUGGUGACGGUGAAGUAUUUGCGCCUGGAGCGAUAUCACGAACGUUUCCCCUCAGCACGCACUGCAUUGCUUCCUAUGAAUCCAUCCAAUAACCUGCUAGUGGGCCCAGGCCUACCCUAUCGUUUGAAUAUGGCACCAACAACCGAAAAGUCUGAGCCUGCGAAGCCUGCGGGAGAAACGAAGGGCAAGGAAAAAGAUGCAAAAGAGAAGGAGAAAGGGAAGGGGGAGAAGAAGCCAGAAGAAAAGGAACCAGAACUGUCGGAAGAGGACAAGCUGCUCCAGGAAGAGUUGAAUUUGCUGGUGGAAAGGCUUCUGGAACCAAACCAGUCUUUAUAUCGACCAGCUCUGGAAACCAUGAGAACACUUAUUCGGUCUUCAACAACUUCAAUGACAUCUGUGCCUAAGCCCCUCAAAUUCAUGAGACCUCAUUUUGACACCAUGAAGAAGAUUCAUGAAACUAUCAAGGAUCCAAGCACAAAGAAAUUCUGUGCUGACAUCAUUUCUGUCCUUGCUAUGACAAUGAGUGAUGCAAGAGAUUGUUUGAAAUAUCGCCUUAUAGGUUCAUUAGAACCCAUUGGAGACUGGGGACAUGAAUAUGUCAGGCAUUUGGCAUCUGAGAUAACCCAGGAAUGGGCAGAAAUUCCAGAUGGGAACCAGAAGAAGAAGGAUGAACUUUUGGUUCUCACCAAGGAUAUUGUCCCCUACCACAUGCAGCACAAUGCUGAAGCAGAAGCAUGUGAUCUGCUCAUGGAGAUUGAACGUUUGGACCUGCUAGAGAAAUAUGUAGAUGAGAACACCUAUCCACGUGUCUGUCUCUAUCUCACAAGCUGUGUCCCAUAUGUGCCUGACCCAGAGAACACUAAUUUGUUGAGGACAGCCCUGGCAUUGUCAAGAAAAUUUGAGCGACACAUUCAGGCCAUGCGACUAGCUAUGCAGCUCAAUGAUCUGGAUGUUAUCAAAGAUAUAUUUUUCUCCUGCAAAAAUCCGAUUGUGCAGAAGCAGCUGGCCUUCCUGUUGGGUAGGCAGCAAAUUUUUCUUCCCCAAGUUGAGGAUGAAGACAUCUCUGACAUCAUGUCCAAUGCCAACCUAAAUGCACAUUUUCUCUCGCUGGCUCGUGAGUUGGACAUAGUGGAGCCAAAAACUCCUGAUGAUAUCUACAAGACUCACUUGGAACCAAGUCGGCCAGCAUUUGGUGGAGGCCAGGUUGAUUCUGCCAGACAGAAUUUGGCCUCAAGCUUUGUUAAUGGAUUUGUGAAUGCUGCCUUUGGUCAAGACAAGCUUCUUAUGGAGGAUGGAAACACCUGGCUGUAUAAGAACAAGGAGCAUGGUAUGCUGAGUGCAGCAGCAUCCCUGGGUCUUAUCUUGCUGUGGGAUGUUGAUGGGGGUCUUACAACGAUUGACAAGUACCUUUACUCUGGAGAAGAUUAUAUCAAGGCUGGAGCAUUGCUUGCUUGUGGGAUUGUGAAUGCCUGUGUACGGAGCGAAUGUGAUCCUGCCUAUGCUCUCUUGUGUGAUUAUGUACUUCACAACAACAACAUCAUUCGCAUUGGAGCCAUUCUGGGACUUGGUCUGGCUUAUGCAGGCUCCAACCGUGAAGACGUCUUGAACCUCCUUCUCCCUGUGUUCUCCAAUCCGAAAAGCAGUGCUGAAGUUGUUGGUCUGGCUGCUGCAGCAUGUGGCCUAGUUGCUGUAGGAUCUUGCAAUGGAGAUGUCACUUCUGCCAUCCUGCAAACACUCAUGGAAAAGUCCGCCUCUGAGCUGAAGGAUGAUACAUAUGCACGGUUUCUUCCUCUAGGCAUUGGUCUCUGCUAUCUUGGGAAGCAAGAGAUGGCAGAUGCCACUAUAGCAGCCUUGUCAGUGAUUCCAGAGCCUUUCAGGUCGAUGUCCACUACACUGGUGGAAAUAUGUGCUUAUGCUGGAACUGGUAAUGUCCUCAAGAUUCAGCACCUUCUUCAUAUAUGCUCUGAGCACUAUGAGGGUGUAUCUGAAAAAGAUGAGGUUAAAGACAAAAAGGACAAAGACAAGGACAAGGACAAAGAUAAGGAUAAGGACAAGAAGGAUAAGGAUAAGGAUAAAAAGGAAGAGAAGGAGGACAAGAAGGAUGAGGUGGUUGAUUUGAGUUCUCAACAGGCUGUAGCAGUACUUGGUCUUGCAGUCAUUGCCAUGGGAGAAGAUAUCGGUGCCGAGAUGAUUCUCCGUAGUUUUGGCCAUCUUCUAAGAUACUGCGAACCAGCAAUACGGAGGGCUGUCCCCCUUGCCCUUGGCCUGCUUUCAAUCUCACGGCCCCAGCUUCCCAUCCUGGAUACACUGAGCAAAUUCAGCCAUGAUAGUGAUGCCCAAGUGGCUUAUAAUGCCAUCUUUUCCAUGGGACUGGUUGGAGCUGGGACCAACAAUGGCCGUUUGUCUGCUCUCCUUCGACAGCUGGCUCAAUAUCAUGCCAAGGAUCCCAGCAGCCUGUUUAUGGUGCGCUUGGCCCAAGGACUGACUCAUCUAGGGAAGGGGACCCUGUCAUUGAGCCCCUAUCAUUCAGACAGGCAGCUCUUGUCUCCGGUCUCCCUUGCUGGAAUCCUUACAACACUUUUGGCUUUCCUGGAUUGUAAAAAUAUCAUACUUGGCAAGAGCCAUUAUCUCCUGUAUUGUCUGGUGACCGCCAUGCAGCCCCGAAUGCUGAUCACAUUUGAUGAAGAUCUCCGUCCGUUACCUGUCACGGUUCGAGUCGGUCAGGCGGUGGACGUGGUCGGGCAGGCUGGGAAACCGAAAACCAUAACAGGAUUCCAGACUCACACAACUCCGGUUCUUCUCGCUCACGGGGAGAGAGCCGAGCUGGCAACCGAAGAAUACAUUUCACUCACUCCCGUACUAGAAGGUUUCGUCAUAUUACGCAAGAACCCCGACUACACCGGCUGAUUUGUCCGAUUACUUGGCCCUCCCGCCUCAUCCCUUUAUUAUUGUGAAGCUCCGAAAUAAAAUUACCUGUUCUUACAUUA